AUGUCACCAAAGAAUGUGUUGAUGUCUCUAAGCAAUGUCUUCAUUUUCAUUCUUGUUUGUUGUUCUUAUAUGAUUGAAAAUGUUGCUUCUGCUGAUUAUGGAACAGCACUUACAAAAAGUUUAUUGUUUUUUGAGGGUCAACGUUCAGGUGUGUUGCCUAAGAAACAAAGACUGAAUUGGAGAGGAGAUUCUGCACUUAAAGAUGGUCAAGAUGUUGGGAUGAACCUGGUGGGAGGUUACUAUGAUGCUGGAGACAACUUGAAACUUGGAUUUCCAAUGGCAUAUACCAUCACAAUGUUAUCAUGGAGUGCAAUAGAAUUUAAGGACAAACUUGCAAGGAAGAAAGAGCUUAAUAAUGCAUUAUAUGCCAUAAAAUGGGGAACAAAUUAUUUGAUAAAAGCGCAUCCACAACCAAAUGUUCUGUAUGGAGAGAAUGGUGAUCCUGAUUCAGAUCAUGAAUGUUGGGAAAGACCCGAGGAUAUGGGAACACCAAGGACUUCUUAUAAGAUUGAUGAACAACAUCCUGGUUCUGAUCUUGCUGCUGAAACUGCUGCUGCUUUGGCUUCUGCUUCCAUUGCUUUUCGAUCUGUCGACUCAAAAUAUGCAUUCACAUUGCUUACUCAUGCAAAACAAUUGUUUAAUUUUGCAAACAGUCACCAAGGAUUAUACCAAAAUAGCAUCCCAACCGCAGGAAAAAUAUAUUCCAGCAGUGGUUACAAGGAUGAAUUACUUUGGGCAGCAGCAUGGCUUCACCGCGCCACAAACAUGAAACAAUACCUUGAUUACAUUGGAAAUUCUGGUGACAAUGGUGGUGUGAGAUCAAUGUUUAGUUGGGAUGACAAGUAUGUUGGUGCUCAAAUUCUUAUUGCAAAGCUUGUUUUACAGGGAAAAGUACCGUCUUCAGGAAUUUGGGCUGAAUACAAAGCAAAUGCAGAACAAUUCAUAUGUUCAUGUGCACAAAAAUCAAACCAAAACAUACAGAAAACACCAGGAGGUUUAUUAUGGUUUUUACCAUGGGCUAAUAAUCAAUAUGUUACUUCAGCUACAUUUGCAAUAUCCACUUACUCUCAAUAUUUGUCUUCAAAUAAAGCAUCCCUCCAAUGUAGUGGCGGUGCUGUUUCUCCUUCUGAUCUCGCGUCUCUUGUUAAAUCUCAAGUGGACUACAUAUUGGGUUCUAAUCCACAAAAGCUGAGCUACAUGGUGGGUUAUGGUUCAAAUUAUCCACAACAAAUUCAUCAUAGAGGAGCAUCAAUUGUGUCUGUGAAAAAAGAUAGGUCACCAGUUGGAUGCAAAGACGGGCUUGACAAAUGGUUAAAUAAAAAUGCACCAAAUCCUAAUGUAUUGGAAGGUGCUGUUGUGAGUCCAGAUCAAAAUGAUGGUUUUACAGAUAAUAGGAAUAAUUAUCAACUUGGAGAGCCAACUACUACUGCUGUUGCACCUUUAGUUGGUGUUCUUGCUUUUCUAGCUUAA